AUGAUGCGCCAAAACCAGCCUUCACUGAACAAAAAGGCCUCUAGUAGAAGAUGGUCUCGGUGGAGGCUUGGAGCUUCCUGCCUUUGGACAGUGAUUCUGGCAGCGGUUCUGGGUGAAGCAUUUUUCAUCUAUCAUCACAUUCCUUUUUUUAAGGACAGUGGCGCUACUGCAGAAACAGCCGCGAAUGGCAGUGAUGGAAAAGGUUAUAAAGAGCCAACUAUGCCACCGAGAGAAUCUUCCUUUCAUACAGCUGGUUUUGUGCACAUCGGCAAGACUGGUGGUUCGACGAUAUCGACAUUGUUGCGGAAUGGAUGCACAUCCUUUGUGGAAGGGUCCUGCAGGAACAUCACCCAUGAAACAGUGGUAUCGAAAUAUGUGGAGCAUUACUAUCAUGUUCCAGACUUUUGGAGACUUCCAGAAACGAAACAUGAAGCAUUUAUCAUUUCGAUUCGUGAUCCUUUUGAUCGAUCAGUCAGCUCCUUAUUAUAUCACCACCCGCGAAAUGCUGAGGUAUACCAACUGCGACAAACAAAGAAACAGCUCUACUAUGGGCCACUGGCAUAUGCCUGUUUUCCCAAAUUAGAAGACUUUGCACAACUUAUGCAGGGAAGCUCGACCAAUUGCAACUAUCCCUAUCAUCAAAGGGACGUUGUCGCUGAUGAUUGCACUGGCUUGGCUUGUGCUGUCCUCCAUGGAAAGGUUCGGCUCUUUUCUCAUUUAUUCUUCAACUAUCGCAAUAUACUCUACACCAAAUUACCAAUGGAGCCUCGGCGAAAGAUCUAUGUCCUUCGCCAGGAGUACAUGUGGGACGACUGGAGACAAGUGAACAAGUUGUUGGGGCAGACAGAGGAGGUUGUAGUACCUCGAGACUUUUCCAAUCUACGCAACGUCUCUGGCAUUGUACUUCCAGUAACCCGAGAUAUCAGUGUAGAUGGACGGCAAAAACUCUGUGUGGCAUUGACAACCGAAUUUGAGGCAUAUUUCAAACUGCUGAUAUUUGCCAUCAACAUUAACGACGUCGAGUUUGAAAAGAGCCUCACCCUUGCCGAUGCCAACUGCCCGAAUCUAAAUGUCCGUGCAAUGGUGCAACAAAUUCGAAAGUCAAUGUAA